AUGGCUGUAGCCCGUGGAUCCUGGACAGUUUCUCUGCUCCUGCUUCUGUCCGCGUCCCGUGCGCGCGUGGCUCCUGCUCCACAUCCGUCAACACGCACCGUACACAACUCUACACACGACGUCUGCGAGAGAGCUGUGGUCGGAAUCGUGAGCCCUGUCCCGGCGCAGGACUCAGGACGUUGUGGUCAAAACACGAUCCUCCAAAGCCGACAAACUGCCCUCCUGCUCCACAGCCAGCGUAGGCACCCCUUCAGUCCGUCAGCCUGGAGCGAGGCCCUGAGGUGA